GCUGGGUAUUAGAUCUGCAGGACAAAAUAACGCAUUAAAGGAGUUUUUCACGUGUGAUUCUGCAGCAUUAAAAGCAGCUAGAAACGAGCAGAAACCAGCUGCUAUCUACCAUAUCUGUGAAGGACUUAAGACAGCGAAGGACUUUUUCUUGAGGGAUUGUGCACCAUUCAAAGCCGUUUGCAAACUGGAAAAUGGAUGAUUUCCAUAUCAACACCACCUUAAGAGACAAAAGCUACAACUACAGCAACGUCAGUCUCAACUAUGAUGAUUCUACCAACAACACUUAUAACUAUGAUAACAGCACCAAUGAAACCCUCGACCAGAUCGAAAAUGUGGUGGACUGGAUUGUCAUCUGUUCUGGACUUCCUUUGACUCUAGUGGCCAUCGCUGCAGUUUAUUCUCUGGUACGAAAAGACCACGUUGCUCCAGUUUACAUCAUCAACCUUCUGGUUUCUGAUCUCAUUCAGCUCUGCUGUGUGGCUGCAUGGAAGGCUGGAAAGGAUGAUUUCUUCAUUGACUCCUUUUAUGAUUUUGGUGUGUUGGCCAGUGUUGGAUUUAUGGUGUGCAUCUCUCUGGAAAGGUAUUUGAUGAUCACUCAGCCGCUGUGGUACAGAUUCAGACGAAACAUCAAGACGUCUGUGGCUGUUUGUGUCGUGGUCUGGAUCCUUUCUCUCAUUUUCCUUCUCUUACUAUUUCUUUAUUCAUAAUCACUUAGAAAAACCCUUUCUGCUAUCUUCCUCCUCCCCUUCCCCCUGUUCAUCUUCUGCCUGGUUGGGACCAUUAAAGCCCUGUCUGCAGCUCGCAGUGUCCCUGCUGAUGAAAGACGAAGAAUUGUGGCCAUUCUGGUUGUGAUGCUGCUGAUUUACACUCUGCUGUACCUGCCCAACAUCAUUUUUCUUUUGGCAGAAGAAGCCAUAAAUAACCAAACUUUCAACAUCAUAUCUUUCAUGUUAGUUAGAAUCAGUCCUCUUGCAGACUUGAUUCUGUAUAUUUUCAUCAGGAAAGGGACCACAGACAAGCUUUCAGCCUUACUGUGUUGUUGUAAAAUCAACCAAUCAGCAGACGAGCAACAGGAGUAAUGACAUGUCAGCUUCAUGU